AUGCGAACAGAAGACAUACGAUAUCUUCAGUUACUUGAACGACUUCGUCAAGGUCAAUGUAGUUAUGAAGAUUAUGAAUUAUUAUUGACGCGUGUUGUUGGACAGUCAUCAGUAUCUCUUCAUGAACCACCAUGGAAUCAAUCGCCCAUGCUUGUGUUUAGAAAUGAAAUACGAAGGCAACUGAAUCACAGGUCGGCAAUUCAUAAUGCAGUACAAGCAGGUUGUAAUCCAAUGGUAUGUGCUGCCCAGGACUUUUGUAAAGGCAAACCUGUAGAAGAGCCGGCACUCCUUAAAAAAUUACUGGAAUUAUCUGACAGUAAGACUGAGCACUUGCCGGGUUUGUUACUACCGUUAGUUCCUGGAAUGUCAGUUAUUCUUACACAAAAUAUUGCUAUUGAACUCGGAUUAAUUAACGGCAUGAAUGGAAUAUUUAGACAACUAGUUUAUGAUACUGAUUCAGUCUCAACAGACAGUAUAUCAAUAGCAUUUCCAAUGAACGCUACAUAUGUGCACUAG